AUGAUGGUUCUGCUGAAGUUGAUUUGGGUAGAGAGAAUAGAGAAGGAAAGUUAUAUGGCAGUUUUGAUAAGCACAUGCACUUCUUCGGAUAGCAGGAUUUUGGGUAUGCUAAGGUUCUUCUAAGCCUAAGGCUAGUUUAUUUCUGAAGCAAGAAACUAGAAGCUUUCAGCUAUUCAGAAAGAGCCAGUGAAUUAAGCUUCUUGCAGGUCUUGGGAAGAAUUUUCAGUGCCUUUCAUCUCUCCGUUAAAGAUGGUCAUAGCCAACAGUACCAAUGGCAUAGUAAAUAUUAUAGUGAUUGUAGUAUUGAUUUUCCCAGAAAUUGCAGCACAAGCAAUGUCACCCGGUGAUCCUGUGGCAGAUAAUGUGUCAGAAUCCAUUAGACAUCCAGAUAAUACAAUUAGAGUCGACCCUUUAGAUAAUUUCAGAAAAUACAGAGGAGGAUUUAACAUCACCAACAAGCAUUAUUGGAGUUCGGUGAUCUUCACUGGAGUAUAUGGAUAUGCAAUAGGGGUGUUCUGCCUUUUGUGUGGAAUCAUAUAUGGAACUUUUUUGUUAAUAACCAAAGUUCAUCACAAAAAUAACCGAGGACGAGAGAUCAAGAAGGCCUUUCCUUGUAAUUACAAGAGUUGUGAUCUUUCACUAAUUCCUUUGGCUAUAUUGCUCGCCAUAUUCGCCAUAGCUGCAACUGGUCUAGUUCUUGCGGGGAGUGCAAGAUUCCAUUCUGAAGCAAAAACUUCAGUUAACAUUAUAAUCAAAACCGCAAAUGAGGCAUCCGAAACAAUACACAACACAACAGGAGCAUUAAAAGACAUGGAAAGCAACUUCAUGGAAGCCAAUGUCAAUGCUGAAGCUUCAGUAUAUCUUGAUUCUACAGCUGAGAGACUUGAUGAUGCGUCUGAAAACAUUGAAAAGCAAGCUAGGAAGAAUAGGCGCCUUAUUAACAGGGGUUUGAAAAUAGUGUUUGUUAUUACCACCUUGAUUAUAAGCUUGAACUUGGUUGCUGUAACAGCUUUGUCAGUGUCUGGAAUACUGAGGUUACAACGGGCACUGCACAUGCUUCUUGUAUUUUGCUGGUUGAUGACAGUGAUAUGUUGGCUAUUCUUUGGAGUCUAUUUCUUCUUGGAAAAAUUCUCUAGUGAUGCAUGCACAGCUCUUGACAACUUUCAAGAAAAUCCCUACAACAACAGCCUAAGUUCCAUCCUCCCAUGUGAUGAGUUGCUUUCGGCAAAAUCAGUUCUAUCUGAUGUUAGUGCUGGGAUCUACGACCUUGUUAAUGAGGUGAAUGCAAAUAUAUCAGCCAUGGGGGCAACAACAGAUAUGAAUGUUGUUCAUGUUUGUAAUCCUUUCUCAGCGCCACCCAAAUAUUUGUACCAGCCAGAGAACUGCCCUGCUAACACUAUACGAAUAGGAGAUAUCCCAAAGGUAUUGAAGACUUUUACUUGUUUGAAUGGCAAUGAUGGAAGCUGUGAGAACGGAUACUUCAUACCCGGGAGUGAAUAUGUGAGAGUAGAGGCAUACACAAAUUCAAUUCAGGACCUAUUGAAUGUGUAUCCGAGUAUGGAACACUUGUUAGAAUGCAAAGUGGUAAAAGAUGCAUUCUCUCAAGUGCUAGUCAAACAUUGCAAGCCUUUGAAAAGAUAUGCCCGAAUGGUAUGGGUAGCAAUGUUGUUUCUUGCAGUGAUCAUGAUGUUAAUGAUUGUGUUAUGGACUAUAAAAGCACGUCACGAGCACCAUUAUCAUCUUUCAGAUGGUUCUGUGGAGCCCCAUUGUGCAGCACCAAAAGCCUUGGAAUUGGGACCAGCUAAGGAAAUUGAAAUUUGAAAAAAAUUUAAACUAUACUAUUAUAUUUAGUUCAACAAGAACUUAGGAAACGGGCAUUGGAAGGCAAAUGCGCAAGCAGCUUCCCAUAUUCCCACAUAGACAAACAUACAACAUUUGUACAUAGUCAUAUGCAUACAUUAGUCAAAGGAUAGACCAAAGGUUUCUAGAAUUUGUCUUUGGUGAUAUAAUUUUCACACAUUUUUUUUUGUAAGAGAAAGAAAAAAAUUAUUCCGAGUAUUAAGUUAGAAGAAGGGAACCAACCCCAUACAGAUGUAUGAAAUUCAUCAAACUACAAAAUGAAUAUUUAUUCUGCAU